GAUGUCGCCGGCGAGCGUCAGGAGGACUCCGCGCUUACUGAUCCACAACGUCGAUGAUAUAAAGUAGCGUGUAAGGCUACUAAAGACAUAGAAUAUCUAGCCUUUUUGUAUUUUAUUUAUUUAACUAUCAACUUUGUCUUUCUUUUUGUUGCAAUACAUUGAUCAAAGAAGGAAAGCAACGACAACAACAACAAUGAGUGACAAUGUCACACACUCCAGAAUGGCCCUGCCCAUUGCAGUGGCGGCACCCGUCGUGGAUCGACUUCCCAUCUUGACCAUCCUCGUCGGCUCGGGACUGCUCUACCUCGUGUACCGAUGGCUGAUGCCCAAGCCCAUCCCGGGCAUCCCAUACAGCCCCGAGCACACCAGGUCCAUCAUGGGCAGCCUGCCGUCUUUUCUCGAAUUCGUCAAGGAGAACCAGGGCAGGAGCAAGCCGUGGUUCCCGGAGCAGAACGUGAAGCUGGGCUCGGCCCUGGUUCAGAUCUGGGAGACGCCCUUCAGCCGGCCGUCUUGCGUCUUGACCGACUUCCAGGAGGCCCAGGACAUCUUGAUGCGUCGCACCAAGGACUUUGACCGCGGAAUGCGGGACAGCAUCGUGUUCCAGGGCACUGGUAAAUAUCAUCACAUCUCCCAGACCUCUCAGAGCCCCAUUUUCAAGGCGAACAAGGCCCUUGUCAAGGACCUCAUGAGCCCGAGGUUCCUCGCCGACGUGUCAGCCCCAGAGAUCCACAGCAAGGUCCAGCUCCUCCUCAGGAUGUGGUCCAAGAAGACGCAGCUGGCCAAAGGCAAGCCCUUCAACGCCCGCCCGGACAUCAUCGAGGCGGCGCUCGACAUGAUCAACGCGGCCGCCUUUGCCUACGACGAGGACUCGUGCUCCGUCUCGCGCCAGAUCCGCCACCUCGACUCGCCCGACGUCAGGAUCGACGAGAAGCGCGACGGCUCCGUCGACUUCUCCCGCGCCCCCGACACGGAGCAGGCCGUCGUCGUCCACGAGCUGGGCGUCUACCUCGGCACCCAGUUCGUGUCGCCCGUCCCCAGGCUGGCCCACGCCUUCAACUACCUGACCAGGCCCCGCCUGCGUCGCAACCUGGCCAAGAAGGAGGAGAUCGUCUUUACAGAGAUCCGCAGGGCCCUCAAGCGCAUCGAGGCGGGCGAGUCCACCACCGCCUCGGCCCUCGAACACCUCCUCAGGCGCGAGAUGGAGUCUGCCCGCAAGGCCGGCAGGGAGCCAAACUUUUUCACCCCUUCCAUCCGCGACGAGGGCUGGGGUUACAUUGUUGCUGGGCACGAGACUAGCGCGACUGCCAUUUCAUGGCAGGUCAAGCUCCUCGCCGACCACCCCGAAGUGCAGACCAAGCUCCGCGCCGUCCUCCGUGCCGCCUACUCAGACGCCGCCGCCUCGAACCGCCUACCCACCGCUCGCGAGAUCACAUCGACGCCGAUCCCGUACCUGGACGCCUUCCUCGAGGAGGCUCUGCGCGUGCGCGGGCCGGUGCUCAUGACGGGGCGCGAAGCCAAGCGGGACGCCUACGUGCUCGGCCAUCUCGUGCCCAAGGGGACGUUUGUCUUCAUGCCGUCGAUGGGGCCCACGUUCCACGCGCCGGGCAUACCCAUCGACGACUCGGUGCGGUCCGAGACCUCGAGGACGAAAUCGUGGGGCGGCAGCUGGGACCCCGAGGACGUGGGGUCGUUCCGGGUCGAGAGGUGGCUGACCCGGAACCCCGAGACGGGCGAGGACGAGUAUGACGUGCAGUCCGGGCCCAUUUUGGCGUUUGGCUUGGGUCCCAGGAGCUGCUUCGGCAAGAGGCUGGCGUACCUCGAGAUGCGCAUCGUCAUCGCCCUGUUGGUCUGGAGUUUUGAGUUCCAGAAGCUGCCCGAGCACCUGAGCUCGUAUGCCGCGCACGAUACCAUCACCACCGGGCCGACUUGCUGCUAUGUCGGUCUGAAAGAGCUGAAUUAAAUGAAGCGAGUUUUGUUUUUGCGACUUUUCGCCAUCUUUUUUCUUUCUUUUUUCUCUUCCACACUCUCCACCCCUGUUACCCUUUCUCUUUUGGUUUCCACAUCGUACGCACGUCACUAUGGACCGAAGUCUGCAAUGAAUACCUACCCCAGCUGGGACUGGACCUAGAACUAGUUCGAACAUUGAUACCAUUGCUUUUGUUCAUGCACCUACAUCGGGGUUUUUUGGGUUUUUUUUUCGCCAAGUAGAAUGCGUCUUAGUUUCUCAUUCCCAGCGGCUUGGAAAACGCUUUAUUAAUAAUUUUCGUGGCAAUCCUGUUUCAGCUCAAGGGUGGGUAUACAUAUCCUUAACUCCGUCUCCGUAUCGAUAUACCUAAAGGUGACCGCUGUGAUAAAACCUUGGUCGCGCAUAAAGACGUGUCACAAAUCUCGCUGGAAAGGUCCCCCCACACUAUAAGGGGUCACCUCAAGAUGCAGUCAGCAUACAACAACACCGCUGACUUGCCUGUGGUCUUCCAGUCUUUUCGCAUGUCUUCUUUCAUUAUUGUUUCCAUGGGCCAUCCAACCCAGUCAAACAUCAUCAAUGUGACGGCCAAGUUGUCAAGCUGGUCAACUAGGCCAGGUCCAUAUCGUCCCAUCCGUUCAGCGGCCCCAGUCCCCCAAAGACGUCUUGGUCGUUGAGGUCCAGACCUCCGACCGAGUUUGCCGUUGAGCCACCCAGCCCAAGGUCGCCCGCACCACCGCCACCCAUGUCGAGGCCGACAGUGGCCGCGUCGAGGGCCAUGGCCGCGGCAGCAUCUCCAUCGACGACGCCCGCCGCAGCCAUUGCAUCAUCUAGCAUGUUUCCGCCGUCGCCCUGUAGCACUGCCUCGGCCGCUGCAGCAGCUGCUGCCGACACGGAAACAGCCAGCUGGGCCUCGACGCGGCGGUGCAGACGGACGACAAUCUCGAAAGCAACUGGGUCGUCCUUGUGGAUCCUCUUCCAGUCCUCGGCGGCGGCUCUGAGCGCCUGCCGCAGCGACAUGGGACGCUGCUGCGGGCCGUGUGCCUGCGCGGUGGCGUCGAGCAGAUUCACCUGCGAUGACGGGUCGACAUCGUCGGUUGCCACGUUGGGAGCGCAGAUUAUAGCGCAGCAGACGUCGUACGCGACGCUCUGGUUGCCGGCCUGGACCUGCUCCUUCAAUUCGUCAAGAAUGAGGCGGACGGUUUGUUUUGCGCCCAGGAUGCGAGUGGCGGCCAACAGCUGACGGUGCGUGUAAGCAGUGGGCGUAGAUUCCGUCCCUGCUGGCUGCAGACCCCAGGCGAUGAAGCCUCUGAUGGUGCUGCGAACGGCCUGGGAGAGACCGCCGUUUGGAGUGCUACUCCAUGCCUCCAGCUCGCUGUUCUCGGCAGCACCGGUUCGGCGAGAUAGGGGUACAUGCUCCUUAAGGAUGCGGAGUAGCGGCUCAAUCUCCUGAUUGCGAGGGUCUCGGCGUUGGUAGGCACGCAGCGCUUGAUCAAGCGGUUUUGCUACUAUACUCAAAACAGAAGAAAGUACUGAGGAUGCCUCGGAUGAUAUUGAGCUGGGUUGAAGGAUGAGCUGAAGUAUUUUGAGAAUUGCUUUUUGUUCAGGCGGGUGAUUAUCAAGCCACAGGUGAUUUGACAAGUAUGUCACGGCUGGCACGAGGGAUGGGAGUAGAAAUGUAUCAACAAGAUCUAUAUGAUGUCAAAUUGUCAGCAGAGGUCUGAUCAGAGCAACCAUGGCACAGCUGCAUGCGGGUCUCCUGCAAGGGAUUCAUGCACUCACAUUCAACACCGCAUCUGAGACUAUCCUCAGAAAGCGACCCCGUGCUGACCGCAAGCACGAUGUUGUAAAACAGCGUUGGGAUCAAGAGAUAGAACUCCUGUGGUGGACAGGAUGACAUGAGCUCAUCGCCGAGGCCACCGGCGUCACUGUCAAAGAGACCGUGGAUCCAUUUGUCAAGAUGUCCAUUCUCCUCCGGGGAAAGCUCAUCGAGCGGUCGAAAGAGUCGACCCUUUCCAAUGAGUUUGGCGACGAACGAGUCGGGCGAUCGAGCGCCCAUAUCCGCAGCAGUAAGGUUGUAGCGGUUGACCAGCGCAAGAAGCAGGAGCAACAUCGAGCCAAACUCUUCAUAAAAUGGCUGCGCCUCGCCCUGGUCUUCGUCAUGCUUCCAAUUGUCUAAUAGGUCGCAAAGUGGAUAUACAAUCGCUGAUAGCUUGUUGAACAAAAGCAACACAUCAAGA